CCACCCACCUGUAACGACCCUUUUGUUCUCUAAAAAAAAAAAGAAUUAAAUUAAAAAUAAGGUAAAGAAAAGUAAGAAAGCAGCGAACAAAUACACUGAUUGAAGAAAAAGCGUUUUUUUUUUUAAAAUUUUUUUAGGGUUCCGAUUUCUGUGUUCCUCUAAAAUUUAGUAGCAGAUCCGCUAAAUAUAGAGGCAGAGAGAGGAUUAGAAUUAGGGUUUUUGGGCGGGAUUUGUACGAAUUUGGAAUCAGAGCUUGAAGACGAAGACGAAGACGAAGAAGAAGAAGAAGAAGAAGAAGAAGAAGAAGAGUGAGUGAGAAUUUCUUUAUUUGGUCAAGCAAGAUGAUGAUCUCGAGGGGGCUGUUUGGAUGGUCCCCUCCGCAUAUACAGCCGUUGACGCCGGUCUCGGAGGUAUCGGAGCCGCCGGAAUCUCCGUCGCCGUACUUGGACGUAGGCGCCGAGACGUCGGGUCAGCCGAUGGAGCCGGAGGAAGAGAUGGAGGAGCCGGAGGAGAUGGAGCCUCCUCCGGCUGCUGUACCUUUCUCGGGCUUGUUUGCCUGUGCCGACCGGUUAGAUUGGGCGCUCAUGCUCGUCGGAUCAUUUGCCGCUGCUGCUCAUGGCGCCGCUCUAGUUGUUUACUUGCACUACUUCGCUAAGAUCAUUCAGGUCCUUUGGAUCGACCCGGAUAACUCCAACUGGUCGGAGAAGCAAAUCGCUGCUCUACAGCAUGAUAAGUUCAUCGACCUUGCUUUAACCAUUAUUCAUAUUGCUGUGGCUGUUUUUUGUGCCGGUUGGAUUGAGGUCUCUUGCUGGAUUUUGACUGGAGAACGGCAGACUGCUGUCAUCAGGUCAAGAUAUGUCCAAGUAUUACUGAACCAGGAUAUGAGCUUUUUUGAUACCUACGGCAACAAUGGAGAUAUUGUGAGCCAAGUUUUGAGUGAUGUGCUGCUCAUUCAGUCUGCUCUAAGCGAAAAGGUUGGAAAUUAUGUUCACAACAUGGCUACAUUUUUCACUGGUCUUGUUAUUGGAUUUGUCAACUGUUGGCAGAUUGCACUCAUAACAUUGGCCACUGGUCCAUUUAUUGUUGCGGCUGGAGGAAUAUCAAACAUAUUUCUCCAUAGGCUUGCUGAGAAUAUUCAAGAUGCAUAUGCUGAAGCAGCUAGCAUUGCUGAACAGGCUGUCUCAUAUAUUAGGACAUUGUACGCAUUUACAAAUGAAACACUGGCCAAGUAUUCUUACGCAACAUCACUACAAGCAACUUUGAGAUAUGGUAUACUAAUAAGCCUUGUCCAAGGACUUGGACUGGGAUUUACGUAUGGGCUUGCAAUUUGUUCGUGUGCUCUGCAACUGUGGGUUGGAAGGUUCCUUAUUGUGAAAGGACAAGCUCAUGGUGGUGAAAUUGUAACAGCCUUGUUUGCUGUAAUUUUAAGUGGCCUUGGGUUGAAUCAAGCAGCGACAAACUUCUAUUCAUUUGAUCAAGGGAGAAUUGCUGCUUUUAGACUUUAUGAGAUGAUUAGUCGGUCAUCCUCUACUGUUAAUCAAGAGGGAACUACUCUUCCAUCUGUUCAAGGAAACAUUGAGUUUCGGAAUGUAUAUUUCAGUUAUCUUUCUCGUCCCGAGAUCCCUAUUUUGAGUGGCUUUUACCUCACUGUACCUGCUAAGAAGGCAGUGGCUCUUGUUGGCAGAAAUGGAUCUGGAAAAAGCAGUAUCAUCCCACUUAUGGAGCGGUUUUAUGAUCCUACAUUAGGGGAAGUACUUUUGGAUGGAGAAAAUAUAAAAAACUUGAAUUUGGAAUGGCUUAGAAGCCAGAUAGGACUAGUCACGCAGGAGCCCGCUUUGCUUAGUUUGAGCAUAAGAGAUAAUAUUGCCUAUGGGCGGGAUGCUACAUUUGAUCAAAUUGAAGAGGCUGCUAAGAUAGCACAUGCACAUACAUUUAUUAGCUCACUUGAGAAAGGAUACGAAACACAGGUUGGGAGAGCUGGUUUACAUCUGACAGAAGAGCAAAAGAUUAAACUUUCAAUUGCUAGGGCAGUGCUUUUAAAUCCUUCAAUUCUUUUGCUUGAUGAGGUCACUGGUGGACUUGAUUUUGAAGCUGAAAGGUCUGUUCAGGAGGCUUUGGAUCUCCUCAUGCUGGGACGCUCAACUAUAAUAAUAGCUCGACGGCUUAGUCUUAUAAAGAAUGCUGAUUACAUAGCCGUGAUGGAAGAGGGUCAACUUGUUGAAAUGGGUACACAUGAUGAAUUAUUAACACUUGAUCGUCUAUAUGCUGAGCUCCUUAAAUGUGAAGAAGCAGCAAAACUUCCUCGGAGGAUGCCAGUGAGAAACUACAACGAGACUGCAGCCUUCCAAAUUGAAAAGGAUUCUUCAGCAAGUCAUAGCUACCAUGAACCAUCUUCACCAAAAAUGAUGAAAUCACCCUCACUUCAGAGAGUUCCUGGCGUAUUCCGGCCUACUGAUGGGGCCUUUAACUCACAGGAAUCACCAAAAGUUCGGAGUCCACCAGCAGAGAAAAUGAUGGAAAAUGGCCAGUCUUUGGAUGCAGCCGAUAAGGAACCAUCAAUAAUAAGGCAAGAUAGUUUUGAAAUGAGACUACCAGAAUUACCCAAAAUUGACGUUCACUCUGCACAUCGACAAAUAUCAAAUGGUUCAGAUCCUGAAUCCCCAGUUUCACCCCUAUUGACAUCUGAUCCCAAAAAUGAACGAUCCCAUUCACAAACUUUUAGUCGACCCCAUAGUCACUCAGGCGAUAUUCCAACUAAAGCAAGUGAAGUAAAAGAUAAUGAAAAGGAGGCACCGUCAUUUUGGAGGUUGGCUGAGCUUAGUUUUGCAGAAUGGCUUUAUGCUGUGUUGGGAAGCAUUGGUGCUGCUAUCUUUGGUUCUUUCAAUCCUCUUCUAGCUUAUGUUAUCGCACUGAUUGUGACAGCAUACUAUAAAAAUAAAGGCCAUCACUUGCAGCAUGAAGUAGACAAAUGGUGUUUGAUCAUUGCUUGCAUGGGUGUAGUAACAGUUGUUGCUAACUUUUUGCAGCAUUUCUAUUUUGGUAUUAUGGGGGAGAAAAUGACUGAGCGUGUUAGAAGAAUGAUGUUCUCAGCGAUGCUUCGCAAUGAAGUUGGAUGGUUUGAUGAAGAGGAUAACAGUGCUGAUACCUUAUCCAUGCGCCUGGCAAAUGAUGCUACGUUUGUACGAGCUGCUUUUAGUAACCGGCUUUCCAUUUUUAUACAGGACAGUGCUGCUGUUAUUGUGGCUGUUCUAAUUGGGAUGCUGCUAGAAUGGCGGUAUGCUCUGGUGGCUUUGGCAACUCUUCCAUUUCUUACCAUUUCUGCAAUUGCACAGAAAUUAUGGCUUGCUGGAUUUUCUAGGGGUAUCCAGGAAAUGCAUAGGAAGGCAUCUUUGGUUCUUGAGGAUGCUGUUAGAAACAUUUACACUGUUGUAGCAUUCUGUGCUGGUAACAAGGUAAUGGAGCUCUACAGACUGCAGCUAAAAAAAAUAUUUACACAGAGUUUCCUCAAAGGAAUGGCUAUUGGCUUUGCAUUUGGCUUUUCACAGUUUCUUCUUUUUGCUAGCAAUGCCCUUCUUCUCUGGUAUACUGCCUUCUCUGUGAAAAGAGGGUAUAUGGAUCUUCCCACUGCUCUCAAGGAGUAUAUGGUUUUCUCUUUUGCAACAUUUGCCUUGGUGGAGCCAUUUGGAUUGGCUCCAUACAUACUUAAGAGACGUAAAUCUUUGAUAUCAGUGUUCGAAAUCAUUGAUCGAGUGCCUAAAAUUGACCCAGAUGAUAAUUUGGCAUUGAAGCCAGCUAAUGUUUAUGGAAGCAUUGAAUUGAAAAAUAUUGAUUUUUGUUAUCCAACUCGCCCAGAAGUGUUGGUACUUAGUAAUUUUAGUCUCAAAGUCAAUGGUGGGCAAACUGUAGCUGUAGUUGGUGUUUCAGGAUCAGGAAAAAGCACUAUAAUAAAUUUGAUUGAGAGAUUUUAUGAUCCAGUUGCUGGUCAGGUGUUACUAGAUGGUAGAGAUUUAAAACAAUAUAAUUUGAGAUGGUUGCGGAAUCACCUUGGUCUUGUCCAGCAGGAACCCAUUAUUUUCUCAACAACUAUAAGGGAAAAUAUCAUAUAUGCAAGGCAUAAUGCUAGUGAAGCUGAGAUGAAAGAGGCAGCAAGAAUAGCAAAUGCCCACCAUUUCAUCAGUAGCUUGCCGCAUGGUUAUGAUACGCAUGUGGGGAUGAGAGGAGUAGACUUGACUCCUGGACAGAAACAGAGAAUUGCUAUUGCUCGGGUUGUGCUUAAGAAUGCACCCAUCUUAUUGUUGGACGAAGCAAGCUCGUCAAUUGAAUCUGAAUCGAGCCGUGUGGUGCAAGAGGCGCUUGAUACACUGAUCAUGGGGAACAAAACAACCAUUUUGAUAGCUCAUAGAGCCGCAAUGAUGAGGCAUGUCGACAAUAUUGUAGUUCUUAAUGGAGGCCGAAUUGUGGAAGAAGGAACCCGUGAUACGUUGAUCGCGAAGAAUGGCCUAUAUGUACAAUUGAUGCAACCACAGUUUGGGAAGUUGCGUCCGCAUAGACUUAUUUAGGAUUUUGUGAUCCAUGGAACUAAUGUUCAGUUUCAUCUGUGCUCUCCUCAUUCUCAUUUUGAAAUGGUGGAAAUGCCUUGACCUGGUGGCUCUGGUGGUGAUUUCCUAAAGAGGGGUAGAGAGAGAAUGAGAAUGAUGACACGUGUAACUAUGUUGUUUAUAUGGCUGUAUGAGUGGGCAGAAUGCACAGAGGCGGCAGCAAUAGUUAUAGUGUUGAUGAAAUGUAGGCUUUAGAGAUAGGGUUUUGGAGUUUGGUUCGGUCUGAGGUUCUGCUCUCAGGGCUGGAUGCUUAUUCUUUUGGAGGCAAGCAUCAUUGGAUCGCGGUUGUGCUGUCUCCUGUGGUAUAUUGAUUUGUUUUUCAAUCAGAAAAUGAGGUGGAUGAAGCUAGUUAUAGUUUUUGGUGAGGUGUGGGUUUCUUAAAUUUCUAGUGAACGUUUUUGAUAUGGCUCUCUCCAGUUUGGAUGAAUUUAUUAUUUGUGUAAAAUUUUCUUCCAUUUGUGAAAACUGUUAAAAGUUAGGAGGAAAAUAGAACUCUUGUAACUUUGUAAAUAUACAGAUAAUUUAAUGCUAUUCUCUAUUCUUUUUUAAAA